CCCUGGCAGCAUGUCCUCUCUGUAUUGCGAUACUUAUUAGUUGAACGAGAAAAGCACCAGAACACUGUACAGAUAAUCAAUAACACGGCCCAAGAGUCUCUACUCCAAAGGGAAAAAUUCGAAGUUAGAGCUAAAGAAGAAAAUCACCGGCAGGACGAACUAUCAUUACAUAAGACGCUGCUAAUAGAUCGAAUAGCGAAGGACCCACAGACAUAUCCACCCGAUCUACUCUCAAUACCUCUUAGAUCAACUGCUCAGAGCUCUUCAGCUGCAUCACAUGACAGACAGAGUCCAAAAUCCCCCAACUACGACGUUAUAAGCAUUAGCCCGGCAUUGUACAGCCGCUUACAAGCAGCCAACAUCUUCAUGAGUCCAAAAGGAUACGUUACGUUACCAAGAAGAUUACCAUAUGAGAGUGACUUACGACCAUUCUCCACCCUGAAUGGCGUUAUACCAUAUUACGAAAACUUUAAUACAAAGAUGUUUGGAGGAACAUAUUAUAGUUUAAAUAAGAGUGACAUGGAUAUCGGACCUGUGAAGAUGAGGUUUGAGGAAGAACCAGCUCCAUCACCAGCACCUGGAACACCUCAUGCCACAAUACCCAGAAACAGUGUUAGUUCCCCCAACAUUCACAAUCAGUUACUGGUGUCCCAAAGAGCAGAGAAGACUCUUAAAAUUAAUCUUGAAAAUGAAGUCCUUAAAGAUAGAGUGCGAGCGAACAUAGUUAGUGCUAGUUUAAGAACAAGUGGGCAUAGGAAAAGAAAUUCGUGUGACUUAAAUAAUUACUUGGGUGUUGACAAUGCUACGCAAGUUUGAGGUAUAGUAAAAGCAUACAAUUAAGUUAUCUGGCAUAAACCUAAAGUAACACCUAAUACCAAGAAUAUGUUAUUUUAUAAGGAACCGUCUAUGUAUACUCUUUUGAUUAUAAAUGUUCCAGCGAUAAAAACAUGAGGUGACAGAAAAUCCUUUUCGCGCGUUUAAUAAAUAUUCACACGGAUUUACUGUGGUUUUUGAACUUCGCUCAGGGUAAGAUCCAGAAACUAAACUCCCUUAUGUGAAAAUCGCAUUGGAUUUUGAGAUAGAAAAGUUAAUAAGUUCAAGUCUUGACUUCCGAAUCUCAUCCUAACUUACAAAAGCUUUUCCACCUUGUACAUAUGAUUAUUCUAUACAUAGAAAACUAUAGGUUUAAGCCAGAAAUAAAACGUUUUGGGCUAACUAUUCGUAAUUAAGAAUCUUAUGGUGUUCGAAUCAAAACAUUCCUAUUUUUAACGAUAUAUUAAUACAGAUAUAAUAUUGUUAAUCUGUGAAUAUUAGGAAACAUAUAAAUGAAUGGAAUUGUUAAAAUAUUUAAAAAUUAUA